AUGACAUUGCUCAACUAUACGCCUUCAUCACCACCCCCUUCGCCCCUCCCCCCAGACUCCCUAGCCAAUCUCCAACUCGUGUUUCACAACGAUGAUUCCCUCCUAUCCGCAUUCAUCUUGCUGCACCAGCGCCUCUCGCACCUUGGUAUCACCGACGAUGCAGAUAUGGCAGGAGCUCUGCAACUUGUGCUGGCGAACUUGGAGCAAAGCACACAUAGCCUGGCCAUUACGCGCGCCACGCGUGAAGAUUUAUUGGUGCAAAUGGCGGAAGACACGGAUUGGUUUGCAUUUGAGAUACGCGAGAGGGAUCGAAAGAUUGGGAGGUUAGAGAAUGAACUGAGGAUAGCUGCGAGGGAUGUGGUGUUUUUCUAUCCAAGAUGGCAUUCAGCGAGAGACCGAGUUAAGAAAAGGAUUGGAGGGGUGGAAAAGGGAUUCUGA